CCGCCACCUUCCCAUUCAGUCGCCCAACAUGGCUGGAGCGCGGCGGAGGUGAGCCGGCCGCCCCGCCGCUGCAGCCCCUGCGCCCCCCGCGCCCCCGCGCCUCCGCCCCGCGGUGCCAGGCCCAGGCCGGCCGUCCGCCGCCGGCAUGUGGGGCGCCCCGGACGAGAGCUCCGUGCGGGUGGCUGUCAGAAUAAGACCACAACUUGCCAAAGAAAAGAUUGAAGGAUGCCAUAUUUGUACAUCGGUCACACCGGGAGAACCUCAGGUCUUCCUGGGGAAAGACAAAGCCUUUACUUUCGAUUAUGUGUUUGACAUUGACUCCCAGCAAGAACAGAUCUACACUCAUUGCAUAGAGAAACUAAUUGAAGGCUGUUUUGAAGGAUACAAUGCUACAGUGUUUGCUUAUGGACAAACUGGAGCUGGUAAAACAUACACCAUGGGAACAGGAUUUGAUGUUAACAUCAUCGAGGAGGAGCAGGGUAUUAUUUCUCGUGCAGUUAAACACCUUUUCAAGAGCAUUGAAGAAAAAAAACACACUGCAAUGAAAAAUGGGCUUCCUCCUCCAGAUUUUAAAGUGAAUGCACAAUUCUUAGAGCUGUACAAUGAAGAGGUCCUUGACUUAUUUGAUACCACACGUGAUAUUGAUGCAAAAAAUAAAAAAUCAAACAUAAGAAUUCAUGAAGAUUCAACUGGAGGAAUUUAUACUGUGGGAGUCACAACACGAACUGUGAAUACAGAAUCAGAGAUGAUGCAGUGCUUGAAGCUGGGCGCUUUGUCCCGGACCACAGCUAGCACGCAGAUGAAUGUUCAGAGCUCUCGCUCGCAUGCCAUCUUUACCAUCCACUUGUGUCAAACCAGAAUGUGUCCCCAAAUAGAUGCUGAAAAUGGUACCGAUAACAAGGUGAUUUCUGAAUCAUCACAGAUGAAUGAAUUUGAAACCCUGACUGCAAAGUUCCAUUUCGUUGAUCUGGCAGGAUCAGAAAGACUGAAGCGAACUGGAGCCACAGGCGAGAGGGCAAAAGAAGGCAUUUCCAUCAACUGUGGACUUCUGGCACUUGGCAAUGUAAUCAGUGCAUUGGGAGACAAGAGCAAGAGGGCCACCCAUGUCCCCUACCGAGAUUCUAAGCUGACAAGACUGCUCCAGGAUUCCCUCGGGGGUAACAGCCAAACAAUCAUGAUAGCAUGUGUCAGCCCUUCAGACAGGGACUUUAUGGAAACUUUAAAUACUCUCAAAUACGCCAAUCGAGCUAGAAAUAUCAAGAACAAGGUGAUGGUCAAUCAGGACAGAGCUAGUCAGCAGAUCAAUGCACUUCGCAGUGAGAUCACACGCCUUCAGAUGGAGCUCAUGGAGUACAAAACAGGUAAAAGAAUAAUUGAUGAGGAGGGAGUGGAAAGCAUCAAUGACAUGUUUCAUGAGAAUGCUAUGCUACAGACUGAGAACAACAACCUGCGUGUGAGAAUUAAAGCCAUGCAGGAGACGGUGGAUGCACUGAGGACCAGAAUCACCCAGCUUGUUAGUGAUCAGGCCAACCAGGUUCUUGCCAGAGCAGGGGAAGGGAAUGAGGAGAUCAGUAAUAUGAUUCACAGUUAUAUCAAAGAAAUUGAAGAUCUCAGGGCAAAGUUAUUAGAAAGUGAAGCAGUAAAUGAGAACCUUCGGAAGAACUUGACAAGAGCCACAGCAAGAUCACCGUAUUUCAGUGGACCAUCCUCUUUCUCUCCCACUAUACUGUCCUCAGACAAGGAGACCAUUGAAAUUAUAGACCUAGCUAAGAAAGAUUUAGAGAAGCUGAAAAGGAAAGAAAAGAAGAAGAAGAAAAGGCUACAGAAACUUGAGGAAAGCAAUCGAGAAGAAAGAAGUGUGCCUGGUAAAGAGGAUAAUGCAGACACUGACCAAGAGAAAAAAGAAGAAAAGGGUAUUUCAGAAAGAGAAAACAAUGAAUUAGACAUGGAAGAAAAUCAAGAAGUGAGUGACCAUGAGGAUGAGGAAGAGGAGGAGGAGGAAGACGACGAUGACAUCGAAGGGGGUGAAAGCUCUGAUGAAUCAGAUUCUGAGUCAGAUGAAAAAGCCAAUUAUCAAGCAGACUUAGCAAACAUUACUUGUGAAAUUGCAAUCAAGCAAAAGCUGAUUGAUGAACUAGAAAAUAGCCAGAAAAGACUUCAGACACUGAAAAAGCAAUAUGAAGAGAAGCUAAUGAUGUUACAACAUAAAAUUCGGGACACACAGCUUGAAAGAGACCAGGUGCUUCAAAACUUAGGCUCAGUGGAAUCUUACUCAGAAGAAAAGGCCAAAAAAGUUAGAUCUGAAUAUGAAAAGAAGCUCCAAGCCAUGAAUAAAGAAUUGCAGAGACUUCAGACAGCCCAGAAAGAGCAUGCAAGGCUGCUUAAAAACCAGUCUCAAUAUGAAAAGCAAUUGAAGAAAUUGCAGCAGGAUGUGAUGGAAAUGAAAAAAACAAAGGUUCGCCUAAUGAAACAAAUGAAAGAGGAACAAGAAAAAGCCAGAUUGACAGAAUCUAGAAGAAACAGAGAGAUUGCUCAAUUGAAAAAAGACCAACGUAAAAGAGAUCAUCAACUUAGACUUCUGGAAGCCCAAAAAAGAAACCAAGAAGUGGUUCUUCGUCGCAAAACUGAAGAGGUUACAGCUCUCCGUCGGCAAGUAAGGCCCAUGUCAGAUAAAGUGGCUGGGAAAGUCACGCGGAAGCUGAGCUCCUCCGACACCCCCGUUCAGGACACAGGUUCCAGUGUAGCUGCUGCAGAAACAGAUGCGUCAAGGGCAGGAGCUCAGCAGAAAAUGAGAAUUCCCGUGGCAAGAGUCCAGGCCUUACCCACGCCUGCCACCAAUGGAACAAGAAAAAUAUAUCAGAGAAAAGGGUUGACUGGCCGGGUGUUUACUUCCAAGACGGCACGCAUGAAGUGGCAGCUUCUUGAACGCAGAGUCACGGACAUCAUCAUGCAGAAGAUGACGAUUUCCAACAUGGAGGCUGACAUGAAUAGGCUUCUCAAGCAACGGGAAGAACUCACAAAAAGAAGAGAGAAGCUUUCCAGAAGAAGGGAAAAGAUAGUCAAGGAGAGUGGAGAGGGAGAUAAAAAUGUGGCCAACAUCAAUGAGGAGAUGGAGUCACUAACUGCGAAUAUAGAUUACAUCAACGACAGCAUUUCUGAUUGUCAAGCCAACAUCAUGCAGAUGGAAGAAGCAAAGGAAGAAGGGGACACCCUGGAUGUCACCGCAGUCAUUAAUGCUUGCACACUUACGGAAGCGCGGUACCUGUUAGGUCACUUCUUGUCAAUGGGCAUCAAUAAGGGUCUCCAGGCUGCCCAGAAAGAGUCUCAAAUUAAAGUACUUGAAGGUCGGCUUAAGCAAACAGAAAUAACCAGUGCGACACAAAAUCAGCUCUUAUUCCACAUGUUGAAAGAGAAAGCAGAGUUAAAUCCUGAGCUGGAUGCUUUACUGGGCCAUGCUUUACAAGAUCUAGAUAGCGUACCUUUAGAAAAUGUAGAGGAUAGUAGUGAUGAGGAUGCACCUUUAAACAGCCCAGGAUCAGAAGGAAGCACCCUGUCUUCAGACCUGAUGAAGCUUUGUGGUGACGUGAAACCUAAAAACAAGGCCCGAAGGCGGACCACCACUCAGAUGGAAUUGCUGUAUGCAGAUAGCAGUGAACUAGCCUCAGACACUAGCGCAGGAGAUGCUGCCUUGGCUGGCCCUCUCCCAGCUGCUGCAGAAGGGCAGGAGAGUGGAAUGAAUGCAGAGACAAGUGCUACUUCUGCUAGGGAAAAAGAACUCCCUCCCCCAUCUGGCUUCCCUUCUAAGAUAGGCAGCAUAUUCAGUACCAGAUCUUCAUCUCUAUCAGAGAAAAAACUACCGGAGCCUUCCCCUGUAACCAGGAGAAAGGCCUAUGAGAAAGCAGAAAAAUCAAAGGCCAAGGAACAAAAACACUCAGAUUCUGGAACCUCAGAGGCUAGUCUUUCACCUCCUUCUUCCCCACCAAGCCGGCCCCGUAAUGAACUGAAUGUGUUUAAUCGUCUUACUGUUUCUCAGGGAAACACAUCAGUUCAGCAGGAUAAGUCUGAUGAAAGUGAUUCCUCUCUGUCGGAGGUACACAGCAGUAGAUCCUCCAAAAGGGGCAUAAUCAACCCAUGUCCUGCCUCAAAAGGAAUCAAAGCUUCUGCCCUGCAGUGUGUUCACAUAGCUGAGGGGCACACAAAAGCUGUGCUCUGUGUGGAUUCCACCGAUGACCUCCUCUUCACUGGAUCAAAAGAUCGUACUUGUAAAGUAUGGAAUCUGGUGACCGGGCAGGAGAUAAUGUCACUGGGAGGUCAUCCCAAUAAUGUUGUGUCUGUAAAAUACUGUAAUUAUACAAGCCUGGUCUUCACUGUGUCAACAUCUUAUAUUAAGGUGUGGGAUAUUAGAGAUUCAGCAAAAUGUGUUCGAACACUGACAUCUUCAGGUCAAGUUACUCUUGGAGAUGUUUGCUCUGCCAGUACCAGCCGGACGGUAGCUAUUCCUUCUGGAGAGAACCAGAUCAAUCAAAUUGCACUGAACCCAACUGGCACUUUCCUGUAUGCAGCUUCUGGCAAUGCUGUCAGAAUGUGGGAUCUUAAAAGGUUCCAAUCUACAGGAAAGUUAACAGGACACUUAGGCCCUGUGAUGUGCCUUACUGUAGAUCAGAUUUCCAAUGGACAAGAUCUAAUCAUCACUGGCUCCAAGGAUCAUUACAUCAAAAUGUUUGAUGUAACUGAAGGGGCUCUUGGAACUGUGAGUCCCACCCACAAUUUUGAGCCCCCUCAUUACGAUGGCAUUGAGGCACUAACCAUACAAGGGGAUAACCUAUUUAGUGGGUCCAGAGAUAAUGGAAUCAAGAAAUGGGACUUAGCACAAAAAGACCUUCUGCAGCAAGUUCCAAACGCACACAAGGAUUGGGUCUGUGCCCUGGGAGUGGUGCCAGGCCACCCGGUCUUGCUCAGUGGCUGCAGAGGGGGCAUUCUGAAACUCUGGAAUGUGGAUACUUUUGUGCCAGUUGGAGAGAUGAAGGGCCAUGAUAGCCCUAUCAAUGCCAUAUGUGUGAAUUCCACCCACAUUUUUACUGCAGCUGACGAUCGAACUGUGAGAAUUUGGAAGGCUCGCAAUUUGCAAGAUGGUCAGAUCUCUGACACAGGAGAUCUGGGUGAAGACAUUGUCAGUAAUUAAACAUGAAUGAAGAUAGACAUAAACUGAAUACUGUGAUAAUACUCUGUAUAUUCUUCGUGGAAAAUAUUACACUACAUUUAUUAGGCAAAAACUUAUGAAUGGAAUUAACAGGAAGCUAUAUAUCUGAAUCCAACUUCUGAAUAUAAAUGUAUUCUAGUAAAAUUGUGUACAAUCCUGUGUGCUUAAUAGUAACAUCUCUGAAUACAUGUGUGUCCCAAUAACUGAUAAUACUGCUUGAUUCACACUUUUAUCAUGGCUGGAUUUUUGUGACUAGCUAUUAAAAAAACACACGCUUUCAAAUUAUUUGAACUACAAAAUGUCUGCUUUUGUGACAGUCAGAAAAUACACUUGGAAUAUUAUGCAACCCACUGAUGGUUUACUCAUUUAUAGUCUGUUCAGAUGACUACCAUAUUUAAAUAUAUUGGAAAUGUAGUCAAAUUGUGGUCUGUUUGUCUGGUAUUGAUAUCAGUCUAUGGAGGGUUUCCAAAUUUCAAAGUUCCCAAAAAAUAACAUGAAUAAUGUUGAUGAUUUUUCAUAAGGUGGAAUUGACCUUUAUCUACUAACAAAGAAUGUUGAGCAGUUUGUGUAAAAUGUUGACGUUUACUUGUAUUGACCAAAGUUUUGCAGCUGUGCUAUAUAUAUAUAUAUCCUGUGCUCAGGACUAAAAUGCCGUUAAUUGUUGUAUUAGUGGUGUGCAUAUAUUCUGUGAUGGGAAACAUUUUUGAUGUCCUAGCAGAAAUAUAUUUUGAUCUAUUUUCCUAUGGAGUUGUUUCUAUGAUUACCUUUUAAUUUCAUUUUUAUUUAAUAGUAGUAUUUCCUCCCCUUUUGUCUAAUUUUUUUAUAUGCUGCUAAAUAUAUUUUAAAUACACUAUGUUUGCAAACUUGGUAGCUAUGAUGAAAACUGUAUCAUCUGUGGUGGGAAAAGCUAUGUAAAUAGGUAGGAUGUAAAAAGAAAAUGUCUUACAUUGUUACUGUAUGAAUUUUUAAAUGCUAUAGAUUGGAUUUUGCAAGAGGAUGUAUAAUUUAUGUCUGUUUAGAAUAUUAAUUUGUAAAUUCUGCAAGUUUAAUUUUUAUGUAGAUGUUAUAACAUUUGAACAUAUUGUCUUGUGAAUCCUGCCCCCCUCACCCCUUCUCCCUCCAAAAAUAUUUGCUUGUAAAUGAAAGCUUAGCUAGGGCUUAAAUAAACAUAUUGCUA